GCCUUUCAUCGAAAUAGUGAUUAUUUCUUUUUUAGUUAAACCUAAAUGAAACAGAUUUUUAAAUGUGUGACUAAACUACUCAAUGAAGUUUUCAAGCUAACAAUGUUGGACAUUCCAAUAAGUUUAAUAAGUUCCUGUUAUUUUAAGUUUGCAGGUGUGUGAUGUGUAAUGACGACUGAAAUACUGACCCAUCUGUAGGUCAAGUAAGCAAUGGAGUUUAUGAAUUUGUUUUGAGAAAAUUAGUUCAUUAGUGUUAAAUCUGUGAAUUUCUCUUUAUCCAACGAGUUCUUUUAGUGUUUGUGCUGUUUACAAGUGUCGAAAAUAAACUUCUAGUUUAUUUAAGACCAGAACCGAACAACAUUCCAGAAGCAUUCCAGCAGCAACGAAGAUUCCAGGAGACAUUCCACCCGGUAUAUAAUGGGUUCGAGUGACUGAUGUGGGAGAAUGGAGGAGGGUAACAACAGGUACAUCGUGCAGGUGUUUGUGGGAGCGCUGUCACAGCACUAUGAGGCACUCUCGGUGGAAGCCAGCAAGCAGACGACGAGUGAGGAGAUCGUGCUGUGUAUCGCGGAGAGACUGUCGCUGUGUGGAGCGGCAGGGUUCGAACUGGCAGAAGUGGUGGGCGAUGCACUCGGUAGAGAGUGUAAGGAGAGACGACUGGGGCCGGCGGAAUGUCCUGUCGCCGUUAUGUUACUGUGGCCCAAGACGAGCUCAGCGCAACAGGAGUUCUAUAGGUUCUACCUGAGGGAAAAGUUGAGUGACAACUUGUGGUCGGACGGGUUCACGAUGGACCCGCAACUGAUCCGGGACUACUUCUACCGCUUCCUGUACCAGCCGCAGGACCGGGAAUAUCCGGACUUGUGUCAGCUGCCGGACCUCAACGAGCAGACGCUGUUGGAGAACCUACGAUCACGCUUUCUUAACGGCCACAUCUACACCUACGUCGGCUCUAUACUGAUUGCCGUCAAUCCAUUCAAGUUCCAUCCGAUCUACAAUCCCAAGUAUGUCAAGUUGUACCAACACCGCAGACUGGGUCCGGAGUUGCCUCCGCAUAUCUUCGCAGUAGCUGACUCUGCGUAUCACAGCAUGCUGCGGAGUAAACGCAACCAGUGCAUCGUCAUCAGCGGGGAGAGUGGUAGCGGCAAGACGGAGAGCACCAAUCUCCUGCUCCACCACUUGACAGCGUUGUCACAGAAAGGAGCGCAAGGCAGUGGUGUGGAGCAGACGAUACUGAGCGCAGGGCCAGUGUUGGAGGCGUUCGGUAACGCCAAGACAGCCCAUAACAACAACAGCAGUCGCUUCGGCAAGUUCAUCCAGGUCAACUACAAGCCCAACGGAAUGGUGCACGGUGCCGUGGUGCAGAAGUAUCUGUUAGAGAAGUCGCGCAUUUGCUCACAAGGUCGUAAUGAGCGCAACUACCACGUCUUCUACUACCUGCUCAAAGGCGCUUCCGAGGAUGACCGUACCACUCUGCAUCUCCGCAAGGCUGAGCAAUACAACUACCUCAAUAGGAGUGGCUGUUUUGUGCUGGAGAACGUAGACGAGAACCAUGAGUUCUCCAGGUUGAAGCAGAGUAUGGAGAUGGUAGGGUUUACUCCAGAGAAGCAACGCAGACUGUUCGCCGUCCUCUCCGCUGUGUUGCUUUUAGGAAAUGUAGAACUGCUGCCUCGCAAGUCUGUGUACCACCAUGACGAGGGUGUGGCAGUUGGCAACACUGAAGUAGUAGAUAUCAUCAGCCGACUGUUGAGGGUCAAGCGAGAAACGCUGUUGGCAGCACUGACUGCUAAACGAGCGAGAGCUUCAGGCGAGACAUUGGUCAUCAACUACAGACUCCCUGAGGCUAUAGCAGCGAGAGACGCCAUGGCCAAGUGUCUGUACGGAGCGUUGUUUGAUUGGAUCGUACUGCAAGUCAACCACGCUCUACUGUCCAAGAAGGAUACUCUCAGAGAACACCAGGGCAACUCCAUCGGUGUCCUGGAUAUAUUCGGGUUUGAAGAUUUUGGCCCAUACAACAGUUUCGAGCAGUUGUGCAUCAACUACGCCAACGAGCACUUGCAGUACUACUUCAACCAACAUGUGUUCAAGUACGAGCAGGAGGAGUACCGCAAGGAAGGCAUCCGCUGGAGCGACAUUGACUUUCUGGACAAUACAGCUUGCCUUCAUCUGAUAGAGGCCAAGCCUAGCGGACUGCUGUGUCUGCUGGACGAUGAGUGCAAUUUCCCUGGUGCAUCCAAUGAGACCCUGCUGCAAAAGUUCAACUUGGUACACAAGGACAAUGCCUUCUAUGAGAUGCCUCACAAGCGGGAGCCUGCCUUCAUUGUAAGGCACUACGCUGGCAGGGUCAAAUAUCAGGUUGCGGAGAUGCGGGAAAAGAACCUGGACCUGAUGAGGACUGAGAUGGUUGGCGUUUUGAAAAACUCCUCAAUGGCGUUUGUGCGAGAGCUGGUCGGCGCAGACCCAGUGGCGGUGUUCCGGUGGGCCAUCCUGCGUGCGUUCUUCAGAGCACACUUUGCGUUCAACGAGGCUGGCCGGCGCCAUCGCCAGUUCAGAGAUGGAUCCAGGCCAAGUCUUGUUCAUAAUAGAUAUCGCAAUGAAAACUUAAUCAGAUUGUACCCAAGAUACGGUGCUAGCACUUCUAACUUACCAACGAAGACGAAACAAAACAACGACAAGUUCGACGAACAACGAAAAGAGCCACAAAGAAACAACCGUUUCAGUUGGCCGAACCAACAACCAACGAAUCAGACAACGAACAAACAACGAACCCCAGACAGCGACAAAAAACCUGUCUUCCGACGAGCCAUUAAUCCUGAGGAUGCUAAAGUUUUUGAACGUGCGACUCAAAUCGUGAUGAAGAACAAGUCCUUCAGACCUCGACAGCAGGGCAAGAAGGGAUUGAAGAACCUGGAGAGUAUCAAGACGCUGGCUGGCCGGACACAGACACACACACACAAGGCGCGUAAACAACCACUCACGGUGACGGCCCAGUUCCAGCAAUCCCUGCACAGCCUCAUGGAUACGCUCAACCAGGCCAACCCGUUCUUUAUACGGUGUAUCAAGAGCAAUGCGGAAAAGAUUCCAAACACAUUUGAUGAUGACACAGUCCAGAGACAGCUGAGGUAUACAGGCAUGUUGGAGACUGUGAGGAUUCGACAAGCCGGAUACAACGUCAGACUCACCUUUGAUGAGUUUAUCCAGCUUUACAGGAUACUUCUACCUAGAGGAUUGCUCAGCUCUCAGAACGACGUGAAGGACUUCCUACUGACGGUGAACCUCAACAGAGACAACUACCAGGUGGGAAGCUCCAAGAUAUUCAUGAGAGAGAGUGAGAAACUCAAGCUGGACUACAAGCUGCAUCAGCAGAUCAUGGCUGGCAUUGUCAAGGUUCAAAGGUGGUUCCGAGCUGUGUUGGAACGAAGAAGAUUUGUAAGGCUGAAAGAAGCUGUCGUUACAAUACAGGCGUACUGGAGAGGCGUGUUGGCUCGCAAGCAGGUGUACCAAGACAAACAGUGGAGCUCGGCGGCCGUGCAGAUACAAUCAGCCUGGCGCGCCUACUCCACCUGGCGUUGGUACCAGAAGCUCAAACGGAACAUCAUUGAGUUCCAGGCACACGCUCGCGGCUACAUCACCCGAAACAGGGUGCGCUCCAUGGUUCCUCGGAAGGCAAAGCUAACCAACAGUAGACCACCCUUGUCAACAGAGACGAGCCACGAAGAUGUCGGCAGCAGGGAUUCUGAGAGCAGUGGGGUCCAUGAAGAUAGUGAUAAUGAACAAAACCAUGAACCACUUGCCAGGCGAAAUCAGCAAGACGACACUUUACAUGAAAUAAGAGUGGGAGACCCUAAUAAAGAAAUACAAACAAAGAAGAAGUUAUCACCGAGGCGGAGUAAAAACACUUUCUACCUGGAAGACAGUUCCCUGGACGCCAAGGAGCGCAAGGGCAGUAGUGAUUCGCUCACGUCCACGCGGAGCAGCGACUCUCAAGUGCGAGACACGCUGUACAGAGCCAAGCGUCAGAUCCAGGCGCUCAUGGGUGUUGGAGCAAACAAGAAGACAGACACACUGAGCGAUUGUGAGAUGGACGAUGUGAGAGAGCCGUUGUAUCAUCCGAUGAUCGUGACUGGACGUGCACCUACAGUGGACGCCGAGCCACUGGCACCGACACGGUUGGCGCGGCGCCGAGACAACGCUCAGCAAAUACCAUCACAGCUGGACUUGAAGCGGAGGAACAGUGACCCGGCAAACCGUCUGCCCCCUCCCCCCGCACCCCCACCUCCGCUGCCCCCUCUGCCGUCCCCGGACCUGGGCCUGCUGGAGUGGAAGGGCACGUCCAUGUUCACCAUCGCAGGACACAACUUCUGCAAAGAGGGUCGGUUCUCCAAGGAGGACAGGUGUGCUUACUGUGACAAACCGAUGGAUGCCUUCCUCACUCAGGGACACAAGUGUAUAGACUGCAAAGCGUUGUUCCAUCCCAAAUGUAUACAGAACGGUGGCGUGCUGUCCAUGCCGUGUGUGCCGAGGGUGAGUGGUGGUCGCAAGAAGCACCGCAAGAUGACCCGCAGCCACGGUCACAACAUGCAUGGCCCGCAGUCCCUCAGACCCUCCGCCCCACAGCAACAACUGUCUCAGUUCAGUCUGACCGGCACUAGCGAGUUCACCGACCGAGCGGACCGCAUCAUAUCAGACGUGCGUGAACUGCAACUGAUGCAGGACUUCAUCACAACCAAGAUCUACAAGAUAGAGAGUGGGGACAAGCAGAGUCAAGUAGACAGGGUGUUCAAGCAAGCUCUAAGAGAGUUCAAGGAUAACCUCGUAGCUACAUACAGUGUUGUCAACAAGCAGGGACCAGAGGCACUCAAUAUCAAGUAUAAGGAUCUCAUCGCCAACUUCCUCAGAGUGAUGGAGACAGUCUGCACCCAAGAGCAGACAAAGACUGACUUCCCGGUGACGAUGGGUGUGAACGCUUUCCGCGGCUUUCUCAACGAGUUCAUGGCGCAGACAAGAGUAGAGCAGGUGAAACCUCACAAAACGAAGAGGAAAAAAGAGAAGAAACGGAAGACGGAAGAUCCAAUCGCACACGCGGGCCACCAUUUUGUGUUGACUAUCAUCAAUAUACCCACCGCCUGUGAGAUCUGCACUAGUUUCUUCAUGUGGCCGCUGGAGCGGGGCCUCGUGUGUCAGAAUUGUAAACUGACCUGCCACAAGAAGUGUUACACCCAGGUAGGGGUGUGUCGUCUGCAGGUGGGGGCGGGGGGAGUGAUGUCACCUUUCCGAGUGUUCGGAGUCCCGCUCCACCAGCUGGCGACAGGCGAUGGGAAAGUCCCGCUGGUCGUGGACCGACUCAUCACCACUAUAGAGAUGUACGGCUUGUACAUGGAGGGCAUUUACAGAAAAUCGGGGGUAAGCUCCAAGGUACGUGAGCUGAAAGCUAGAAUGGAGGAAGACAAUAUCGAAACCGUCCAAUUUGAACACUACCAGGUCCACGUAUUGGCCAGUGUGCUCAAGAGUUUCCUGCGCGAGAUGCCGGAGCCACUGCUAACGUUUGACUGUUACGAGGACUUCUUACGAGCCGCCAACCUUCCCGAGGACAGCGUCAGUUCGCUGUUUGCCAUCCUGCGGCGACUGCCCAAGCCCAACUACCACCUCAUGGAAAGACUUAUCUUUCACCUAGCCAGGGUGGCGUCGCACGAAGAUGUAAACCGGAUGAACUCAAGUGCGUUGGCAAUAGUGUUUGCACCAUGCAUCCUGCGUACCAACAAAGCAGUGCCGGCGCAAGACUCGCUCAACGACAUCGCUCGCCAGACAAAGUGCAUCGAGAUAAUCGUCAGUGAGCAGUUGCGCAAACUGCGGAACACACUGGCGGACAUUGACACAUUGGACACUGCGGCGCAUACGGCUACACACCGGCUGUCUUCACUGAGAAGCUCAAAGAUAUUCACACCAGAAGAGUUGCUGCCGCAGAAGACGGACUUGGAGGAGGAGAUCCUGAUGGGUCACAUCGAGGAGUUGAGGAAGGAGAAGGCGAUCCUCACGUCCACGUUGCCCUCUCUCACCCGCACCACGUCCGACGACGACCUGCUGUCUACAGACGACGGGAGUCUGGAUGACGUCGAUACUCAACCCCAGCCAUUGUCGAGGCAUCGCAACCUCGGCCAGAAGAGGUGCAAACGUCCCACAGACCCCCUUCCCCACCCCCACUCCAACUCCCAGGACUUUGACGAAGACCCCAUCAUGGUGUAACAUUCCUCCCCUCGCUCAGACGCAAGGACAUAAUCGAUGGUGCUUAUACAUAUUUAUACAUAUAUAAAUAACAUAAUUGUGUUAUCGAUAUUUUUUGAUUUGUACAAAAAUCAAUGAACGUAACGCUAUAUAAACUAGAUGUUCCUGUACAGACCGCGUAAGUGUUCGUGUCGGAUUGUAAUUAUAUUUUGUACAGAAAUGUUCUAACUAUGAUUUAACACGUGGAUUUUGUAACGAUUUAUCUUCUAGCGUAAGUUUUUAACAAGCCUUGUAAUGGAGGUUCUUGUGUUGAAGACUGUCCGAGUCGAUCAGUUAACUAGGAAUUCCAUUUGAACAAAUGAAUUUGAUAUUUUUAUUCUUGUAUCGCUGUGUUAUCGCCGGACAUUGAUGUGUGUGUGUUGUCAAACCGAUUCUAAAUCUGUACUCGUUAAGAUGACUGUGCGUUUUCAAUGUAUCCUUAACUGUACGCCGUUCCUUCCCAAGACAUAAAAAUAGACUUAAUUUUCUAUGUGUGAAUCACGUUACUAUAAUUUUUCAAAAGAUACGUCUCUGUGAUAUUAGUCGUGUUUAGGUCAUAAUUUAUUUUCUGUCAAUUUUUAUAUUUGUGGAAAGAAUGCCAAAAUAAACUGUUAGUAUUAUUUUUCUACAAAAAUGUUUAAGCAGUUUAUACUACUUACGAGAAGUGAAAGUACAAAACCAAUCUUUGUGCAUUUGCUUGUAUAUUUGAUUAUUUAACCAGUCGUUUUGUAGCCACACUUUUUAUUUAGUAGACUAGACAUUUUUACACGUCAUAACAAACAUUGGGGAAAAUAAGAGACCUAUAAAUAAACAUUCCAUAAAUGUGGAAGUUGACUUGACCAUUCUUAAGUCUGUUGUCACUUAAUGUAAAACAUAAUGUGAAUUUAGGGUAUCGUCUGUUGAAAUACCAAUAACUAACAUUAGUCCAACAAUGAACAAAUAAUAUUCCAACGAACAAUAGCUAGUUAUAAUUAUUUGAAUUGGUGCCAAAUGAUUUUGUAUCUUUAAGAAAUCAAUUUAAACUCACAACUUCUGGAUUUUGCUAAUACAAUUCAUGAUUUUUUUAUUUUCUACUAUCAAUUGUUAGUGCUUCAGAGAGACUGUUUAUUGUUACAUGAAAAUGUGCUUAGAACAAACUCUAUCAGAUUAGAACGAUUUUAUUUUAUGUUAUGUUUUUUGCACCGACAUAUUUUAUAAAAAUUCAAUUAUAAUUAUUUAACAUAAUACUGUUUGCGAGGAACUUUUCCCAGACAUAAUUUUAGUUACUUUCUGCUAUAAUUUAUUAUUGUUAUCGCAAAGUGCUUCCUUUCUGUAUGUUUUUUAUAAAUAGAAAAAAACUUACUAUUGUUAAAUUAUUUCAUGUUAAACUGUUCACUGGUUAAUGUUUACAACUUGUUUAUCAUACUAAAGGGUGUGUGGUGGUCAGAUUAAUUUACUAAAACAAUUGAUUGCCGGUAGUUCUAUUUACUAAUGGAUGAGUGACUCCAUUGAACGAAAGGGGUGGGAGUAAUUUGUAAACAAACGUUACGAUGAAAAAAUUAAUUGAUUGUUUACCAAGGUCCGAAAAUAAGAAGUUUGAAAAGUAGCCUCAAGCUAAAAAAAAAUAUAAAGGAA